CAAGUGACAAUUUUAAAUCGAGGACUCAAUCCUUGAAAGUAAACAAAGAACAACAGAAACAUUAUUAUAAUUAUUAAUCGAAUUCAUUUUUACUAUUAUUCGAAUCUUAAGUUCUAUGUAGCGUUUCAAACUCUAAUUAUAGUAAAAAAAACAAGUUCGAACGUUCGUGACAAAUUGACCUUGUCUUUUUAGAAAAUUAUAUUAGAAGUUAUAUCCAUGGAUGAAAUCAUGCAUGCCCCUGAUGAUACUACCUGUUCUGAAGGCGAAGACGAUCACAAAAAGGAAAUUCGACCGAAUGCCAACAAUGAACAAGAUUUUCCUCACCAAUCGACUUCGUUCUCUCCGCCUACUCAAAUGGAAGAAAAAAUGCGUAGAAAACUGCAGUUUUUCUUUAUGAAUCCAAUCGAGAAAUGGAAAGCAAAGAGAAAAUUUCCUUACAAAUUUGUCGUGCAGGUAAUCAAAAUUGUACUUGUGACUUUUCAACUAUGUUUAUUCGCUCAUAACAGAUACAAUCACGUGAACUAUACAUGGGAUAACAGAAUCACAUUCUCGCAUCUCUUUUUACUCGGCUGGGACUCUACACGUGAGAUAAACGCAUAUCCACCAGGAGCAGGACCACUUGCCUUGUACAAAAUCGAUGAGUUCUACAAUACAUUAGACUAUGCAGUUGCCGGUUAUACUAAUUUAUCUAAUGCAAUAGGCCCAUAUUCGUACAAUGAUGAAAAUAACUUUAUGCCAGAUCCUGUCUUUUGCCAGUACAACUAUAAACAAGGCAUUAUUUAUGGCUUUAAUGAGAGCUACCAGUUUAACUCUGAAGUCUUUGAGACCUGUAUAAAUUUCACAAUUAAAGAUAAUGAAGAUUUCAAAUCUGAAGCGUACAUUAGAGAUGCUGGAUUGAACAUCAGUUUCUCAUCAUUAGUUAGAGCAAAAUUAAUGUUUUCCAUCAAAACCAUCAACUUCAGGGCUGCCGGUCCCAUAACUCCACCAGACUGUUACCGGUUUGAUGUUGAAAUAAUAUUUGACAACGAAGAUCACGAUGGACAAAUGUCCUUGUUUCUGGAAGCAGAACCUCACAAGCUAGAAUGUAAAGGCGACACAGCUUAUGUGACAGAUAAUAAAAUUGACCAAAUACUCAGGAGUACUUUAAAUAUUUUAGUUAUUUUGAUUUGUGCAGCGUCAUUUGUGCUAUGCAGCAGAGCACUCUACAGAGCACAGUUGCUAAAAGAAUUAACAGUACAAUUCUUUAGAAGACAAUAUGACAGAGACCUAAGCUUAGAUGGAAGAUUGGAGUUCUUGAAUAUUUGGUAUAUUAUGAUAAUAAUCAAUGACCUUCUGAUCAUCAUGGGAUCAGCUAUUAAGGAACAAAUCGAACGAAAUCAAUUCACAAAUGAUCAGUGGAAUGUUUGUUCACUGUUUUUAGGUACAGGAAAUCUGCUCGUCUGGUUUGGAGUGCUAAGAUACCUAGGUUUCUUCAAGACUUACAAUGUUGUUAUACUCACGUUGAAAAAAGCAGCUCCAAAAAUAUUCAGAUUUUCAAUUUGUGCUUUAUUAUUGUAUGCAGGUUUCAUGUUCUGUGGUUGGCUCAUUUUGGGUCCCUAUCAUAUGAAAUUUAGAUCACUAGCAACAACAUCAGAAUGUCUUUUCUCAUUGAUUAAUGGAGAUGACAUGUUUGCAACCUUCUCCAUCAUGUCCAAGAAAUCACCAAUGCUAUGGUGGUUUAGUCGUGUCUACCUAUAUUCAUUUAUAAGUCUGUACAUUUAUGUUGUACUAAGUUUAUUUAUAUCCGUUAUUAUGGAUGCUUAUGAUACAAUUAAACAAUAUUACAAAGAUGGUUUUCCCAAAAGUGAUUUGCAACAAUUCAUUGGUGAAACAAGGAUUGAAGAGGUAUCAUCAGGAUUGUACAGAGUGCAUAGUUCAUCAUCACUCAAUGCAAUAAUGAACUCCCUUUUCUGUUGCAACAUUUACAGAAGUGCAUAUUCAAAAAUUGGGGGUAGAAGUUCAACAGUUAAUUUAAUGUAAACUUCCAUUGUUUUUAUUUUUAAGCAAUUGUGAAGUUCUUUAAGUGGAUACCUAAUCUAAUCAUAAUAUUAUUUUGUAGGUACUUAAUGAAUAUUUGUAUAUUGUACAGAUAUGUACUUUUCAAUAAAUUAGAGAAUGGCGAAUUGAUUAAAUGAUUUUCUAUCACUGAAUAUAUUAGUUCAGUAUGGAAGAAUUUGUAAAUAAAAUAAUGAAACAUUUUAGCAUGUGCACGUU